UGUCGGCGGGCGGCGGAGGGAGCGCGGCCGUGGCGGCGGGGCUUCGGAGUGCCCGCGGGUCAUGGGGAGUUGAUUGGUUUGGAUCCCCACAACCCCAAGAAGAAGCAGGACCUAGACAAGCUUUAUGAUCUAAAAGCUAAAGCCCAACAGAUUAUGAACCAGUUUGGCCCUUCUGCCUUGAUCAACCUCUCCAACUUCUCCUCAAUCAAGCCAGAACCAGCCAGCACCCCCCCGCAGAGCUCCAUGGCCAACAGCACCACUGUGGCAAAGAUGCCAGGGACGCCCAGUGGAGGAGGGCGGCUCAGUCCUGAAAGCAACCAGGUUUUAACCAAGAAGAAAUUGCAGGACCUGGUGCGUGAGGUGGAUCCGAAUGAGCAGCUGGAUGAAGAUGUGGAAGAAAUGCUGCUACAGAUCGCCGAUGACUUCAUUGAGAGUGUGGUGACAGCCGCCUGCCAGCUUGCACGGCACCGCAAGUCCAACACUCUGGAAGUCAAAGAUGUCCAGUUGCACCUUGAGCGCCAGUGGAACAUGUGGAUCCCAGGCUUUGGUUCUGAAGAAAUCAGGCCCUACAAAAAAGCCUGCACUACAGAAGCUCACAAACAGAGAAUGGCACUGAUCCGCAAAACUACCAAGAAAUAGCCCCUGGACAGAGCCGGAGACACCACCAGUGCAGUUUGGGAUACCUACUGCUCCACUGAAGCCUCCAUGAUGUCACCUGUGGGAUAUUUUUUUAAUGCUUUACAGAGAAGCAUCUAUUUUUUAUUAAUGGUGCAGCAAUAUCUUGCCUUGAUGAGGAGACCUGCCAAAAACAUUCUACGCCCUGUUCUCGUUCCUCCUCAGACUGCGACAUAUCUCAAACAGACUUAUAUUUGUGACUUGAAAGUGGUUUAUUGUACAAGUGAUUAUCCAAGGGACAGAGCAUUUGAUCGUGUGUGGGACAGUAUUAGAAGCAUCUGUAGAGGUUUUUGUUUCCUCCUUCCUGCCCCUACCUGUUCCAGUACUUUGUAAUGUCAGUGUUUAUAUAAAUACUUGCGUUUGUUUUACAUGAAUAAAGAAAUUAUUCUAA